UAGAGUGCGAAGUUGCGCCAGAGUCUAUCUCCUUGGCGAAAUUACGUCAGCGUUAGCCACUUCGCCCUUUAGUAAUUUCCCACAUUGUCGGCAGCCGUCAAAUCUUCUAACCUGUCCGAUCGACCAAACGACCGAUCUCCAGCGGACGAAAAAUGUCAGGACUCUCCGCACACGGUCCGAAAAUCGUACGAAUCAGAUCUUUGCGUCUAUGGCCAGCUUUAACUUUACUGAAGUUAAAAUGCUGCAACAAAUGCUCCUUAGUUUGCUCAUUAGCUUGAUAACCAAAUUCUGUUUUCUUCGAAAAUUCAGAGAAACUUGUUCAAGACACGAUAUAGUGCUGCACUACUUUUGGAUGCUUUCAGGCACUGGCUGGCUGCUACUGUAAAGAGAGUUUUUAAACAACUGUCAGCCUCCAUACUCUACCAAUCACAUAUACAAAAACUUCAGGUGAUUUAGAGAUAAGUUGGACAUACCACUAGCGAUUUCAAUUGCUGUCAGUGGAGAGGCAUAUUCGGGAGAUUUUGUCAUCCGAGGGAAAAAUGUUUUCCCCUUCCCACCCCUAAUUAGCAUAUGCAAAUGAGGAUUCGGAUUCAGUUCGGCCAAAUCCAAAAUAGUGGAUUCGGUGCAUCCCUAAACAUAACUUCUCGAAGUUGAUCUAGCUCAAUAGUGCGGAGCAUUAGUAUUGCCUGCUACUGCAACAAAACACUGACAGCACUGAUUGUAAGCAGAAGGGGUUAAAUGUCAUGGCUUGGCUGAGCCUCACAAUGGCCUAGGCCAAGACAGGGAGUGAAGAGGAAAAAAAAAAGGUUUUGCCAGUGUCUCAUAUUUCACUGCUCAGAGAAUCACACAAUACAGGGAGGGGAGGGGGUGAGCUACUACACAUUCCACACACACAGGCUGCUGGAACACAGGAACAUAACAGAAUGUAGACACACACAGAUCAUAAACGCACAAUAGGCACAUGUACCACACAAUCUACUAAGAAAACUGUUGGAAUUGAAAAGGGCAAUGCUGCAGCUUUAGUAACCAUACAAAGAUCUACCACAGAACUCACCCCUCCCCCCUGACUCUCAUAAACUGUAUGCAGUGGCAGUGCAGUAAGUUACAGGACAGCUGGGGACAACCACACAGUCACAGUACAAAUGGCCGCUUCUGCAAAAAGAACGUCUGCUGCCUAGUCCACUAUUAACUCCUGUAUCUCCCCAGUCCCCACAAAAAGCACCCUUCCCACACUUACGGGAACUGAAGUACUCACAAACACCCCCUCCACACUCUUCCACAAACAACACAACCACACACAGCAGCAGACAAAGUCGCAGAGUGAGCUGACCCUGCCCUCAUUGAAUUCACCCGUAGGCGUGGCCCCAAAUAUAUCAGGCAAGGCCGGCCUCCUAUGCAAAUAUAAGAUCCCCUGAUCACUGACGUAGUAUCACACCACAGCUUGCCAAGCUCUCUCAUUCGUCCGAGGAGUCUGGUCUCAUUGACAACAAAACAUCCAGCACGCGUUUGUACAAGGUAAAGAGGCGGGACUUUUCGCUUUACUGGGGCGGCUGAGUUGUGUCAGAGUGGGGGAGGGGUGGUAUGCGUUUCACGCCUCUUUCAGGAUUCAUUCCAGGCUUCUAACCAUGGCACUGAAACGAGUUUUGGAAGACAAGAUGUUGACGUCACGUAGUAUGGAGGGAGGUGUAGCCCAAACAUGGUGUCAGGUUUGCCACUGACAGGUUCGUGAGCUCCAGGGAUAGGGACCAAGAACCGGCUCCUCUUGGGAGCGCUAGGAUUGUCACAGGCCGGAUGGUCUUAUGGAUACAUCGGAACUAAACAUGGAGAACAUGGAGACGUUGACAGAACUUGGAGAUGAACUCACCCUGGGGGAUAUUGACGAAAUGCUGCAGUUUGUCAGUAAUCAGGUGGGUGAGUUUCCGGACCUAUUUGAGGAACAGCUGUGCCAGAGUUAUCAAGGAAAUAAUGCAGUGGACACAGCCUUACCCAAAGCUUAUAACCAGGCUAUACAGCAGCCAUAUACUACUCCAACACCUCAGCCUCAGAUGUUGCCUGUAAAAGCAGCCCCACAAGCCACACCCCAGAGAAGUGCUCCUCUUCUCCAGCCCAGACCAGUGGUUCAGACUUCUCCUCAUCCUAAGCUGCAACAACAGACACUGAUGCUCACCCCUAAUUUCAGCACCGCACCACAGACCCGAAUAAUACAGCAGCCACUUAUCUAUCAGAAUGCUGGUACUGCAAGUUUUCAGGUGCUUCAACCCUCAGUUCAGGGUCUAAUGACAACACAGCAGAUGCAGCCAGUCACAAUUCAGCAGCAAGUACAGACCGUUCAGGCCCAACGAGUCCUGACUCAAGCAGCUAAUGGUACAAUCCAAACACUGACUCCAGCUACUGUUCAGACAGUUACCCCUCAGGUCCAACAAGUUCCUGUGCUUGUGCAGCCGCAGAUAAUCAAAACAGAGUCUUUGGUGCUUACUGCAGUGAAAGCAGAUGGCAGCCCUGUGAUGACCACUGUGCAGAAUCCAGCAAUAACAACACUUACUGCUCCUUUACAGACAACAUCUCUCCAAACCCUUAUGGGCAGCAAUGGGGCUUUUCUUACCACAAUGCCAGUAAUGAUGGGACAAGAAAGAAUGGCCAUAGAACAAGUACCAGGAAGUCUUAAGCAACCAGAGGUACCCAAGGAAGGCGAGAGGAGAACAACACACAACAUAAUAGAGAAAAGGUAUCGUUCAUCUAUCAACGACAAAAUUAUCGAGCUGAAGGAUUUGGUCAUGGGCACAGAUGCUAAGAUGCACAAAUCAGGAAUCCUGAAGAAGGCCAUUGAUUAUAUAAAAUACUUGCAACAAGUCAACCAGAAACUGCGCCAGGAAAACAUGGCUUUAAAACUAGCCAAUCAGAAAAACAAAUACUUAAAAGGUAUUGAUCUUAGCAGUCUGGUGGAUACAAGUAUUGGAAUGAGAAUGGAUGAAUUCAAUCAAAACAUCUUGAUGAUGUCUCCUCCAGCAUCUGAUUCUGGUUCCCCGGCUGUGUUCUCUCCAUAUUCUGUGGAUUCUGAACCAGGGAGCCCUUUGUUAGAUGAUGAAAAGGUAAAAGAUGAACCGGACUCCCCCACAGGACUGGGUAUGAUGGACCGUUCACGGAUGCUUCUUUGCACCAUGACAUUCCUGUGCUUAUCCUUCAACCCCCUGACAUCUUUGUUACACUCUGAAAGUGGCCAGUACUCUGAGAGAGCAGUGCAACAUGGAACAGGGAGAAACAUGCUUGGUAUUGAAAUGUCAGGUUUUUAUGGCAGCUGGUUUGAUUGGCUUAUACCCACCUUAAUCCUUUGGCUUGUUAAUGGAGUGAUUGUUCUCAGCGUCUUCAUGAAAUUACUCAUCCAUGGAGAGCCUGUGACCCGUCUACAUUCCCGCUCAUCUGUCAAAUUCUGGAGACAUCGCAAGCAGGCAGAUUUGGAUCUUGCUAAGGGGGAUUUUAGCGCAGCAGCCUUGAACUUUCAGACAUGCUUGUGUGUUUUGGGACGCUCAUUACCUGCCUCGCGGUUUGAUCUAGCAUGCAGCCUUUCCUGGAACAUCAUUCGGUGUAGCCUGCAAAAGAUCAGCCUUGUCCGCUGGCUGCUAAAACACUCCCCUGGGUACUGCAAAAAAGCAGAGUUUCAAGAUGAAGCAACAACCAGUGCAAGGGAUGCCGCCCUUGUAUACCACAAACUGCACCAACUGCAUCUCACAGGGAAGCUGCCAUCUAAUUGGAACUGUUCAGGUCUCAACCUUGCCCUUUGUGCCGUAAAUCUGGCCGAAUGUGCUGGCAACAAGAUCUCACCAACUUUACUUUCAGAAAUCCACCUCACAACAGCCAUUCAAAUGAAAACCAGUUUCCCAACUAGAUUCCGCUUUCUCACUGCAUAUUUCCUUGGAUGUGCACAAAAUGCUUCUUCUGAGGAAACCAUUCCUGACCCUAUGCAAUGGCUUGCACACCCUUUGGGGAAAUACUUUUUCAUCUAUUCUAACUGGGCACUGAAGAGUGCAGCUAAAGACUCUCUUUACACCUCUUCAAGAAACCCAGCCGAUCCAGUUACACAGAUUCAUCGUGCUUUUUGCGAGUCUUUGUUGGAAAAAGCAAUGUACACCAUGGCAAAACCAGAAACCAGUAAAGCAGCCUCUGAAGAAGAGAGUUGUGAGUUUUCCAGAGCUCAAGAAUAUUUGAAACUUCUAAGUGGGCUUGCAGAUUCCGUGGGGAACAUUGCCUCUCUUCCCCUCAGUGGAUCUUCUCCCAUGUCCUCGGCAGAUCCUAUCUGUCGCUGGUGGUACUCUGUAUCUUCCAUGGCUAUUGGCUGGUUACAAGGGGAUGAUUCUGUGGUGAAAUCACACUUUGCAGAAGUAGAAAGAAUUCCUAAGCUCCUUGACUCUGAUAACCCUCUGGUGAAAGCAGUGAUCCAUGUGUGCCGAGCCAUGCAAGCAGCUGUACUUGGUAAAUGUGAUGGCCAGCAGAGCUCAUUCUAUCACUGUGAGAAAGCCAGCACAUUCUUGUGGAACAGUCUGAAUAUGAGCAGCACCGGCAACACAAAUCUCAACAAGGUGGUGCAACUUUUAAUUUGCGACCUUCUGCUUUCAUUGCGCACUUCCUUAUGGCAGAAACAGUCCUCCAGUCCAGCAGCUGGAGAAUCUAUUCAUGCACCCACUUCUGUCCUAACAGGAUUCCAGCGUGAUCUCAGCAGUCUGCGUCGUUUGUCUUUCAUCUUUAAACCUGCCCACUGCAAGCUCUUCCUCCAUGAAGCCACAGUACGAUUGAUGGCUGGUGCAAGUCCAACCCGUACACAUCAGCUUCUGCAACAUAGCUUGCAAAAACGCACAGCACUUGCAAAUAAACAAGGUGACCUGGACUCAUUACCUGGGCAACGGGAGAGAGCUACAGCUAUUCUUCUGGCCUGUCGACACCUACCACUUUCAUUCCUAUCAUCCCCUGGGCAGAGAGCAGUCAUGCUUGCCGAAGCUGCCCGAACUCUUGAGAAAGUGGGCGACCGUCGCUCUUACCACGAUUGUCAGCAAAUGAUGGUAAAGCUGAGUGGCGGUACUGCUAUGGCAGCCUCCUGAAAAGGACACACACCUGGACCUGUCCUAAAAGACAUCAGCUUUUUUUCCAGCUGUCUGGGUUGAACAAAUCCAAUGUUUUAAGAGGUUUAAAUCCCAGAGACUUCAUGGCUCAAUGGGGUUUUUCAAUGAUGUCAACUGUACAGUCUCAAUAAGGGAUCUCCUCCAGGAUAGUAAAGAGAAAUUGAAGCAGACCAUGCUUUGCUUUGAAAUAUACAUUUUCUGAGCAUCACACCUUGAUACUAUUCAAGUCUCUUUUUUUUUUUAUAUAGUUCACCUCGUUCUCAGGGUACAUGUAAUAUAGUGCUUUUUUUUUUAGCCCUUGCUUCUGCAGGCUCUUAGCAAUGGGAUUACUAAAGUAAUAUUUCUUUCCCAUUUGCUACUGCUACAUUUAAGGUAUUUUCAACUGUCACACUGAUAUGUCUUACAUCAAAGCUCUACUCACACAUAACAUGUAGUUGUAGUAUACCGAUCCCUCAGUUAACAUGUACCCAAGCUAGCAGAAUGAACUUAAGAUCAGGACAUAAAACACCUGUCUUUCUCUGCCAAAGAGCCUUACAUUUAAAAUAUCCAGAUCUCCUAUUUAACACCAACUUAUUUCACUUCCAGACCUAACGUUAUGCACAGAUCUUGCCUUCCUCUUCCUUGUUUAUGAGUCUGGUGCAGUUGGUGUAGAGGCUCAAGUAUUAAAUGCUGAGCAUGUUACUAUUUCCUGUUCAAAUACCAUAAGGGGAAAAAAAAACAUAUUCCUUGAGAAAAUAAAACUGCUUUGUAAAAAAGAUAAAAAAUAGACGCUGAAACCCUGGAUUGUUAUUUCAAAUAAUUUAUAUCAUUCCUGCUCAGCCCAUUCGCUACAGAUGGGCUGGUUAACCCUUUAAGUGCCAGGGCACUGGGAUCAGUAUGUACUUCAUUAAUAGACAUGUUGAAUGGCAUAGAUCAAAGCAUAGUCUUGUAAUGUAAAAUUAUGGAGUUGGCAGUCCCUGACAGCUCAUACCAUAGAAUGUUUUUUUUUUUUUUUACAACAGUCAAGCGGUUAAAGAAACUGCUAUGAAAGCUGCUUGUAAAUGUUGACACUAUUCUGGUCCUGACUUUGUUGCUGCUCCUUUAUGUUGGCACUAUUCUAUUCUGUCCUGGCUUUCUUGAGCCCUUUAAGGCACUCAUCUAAAAAGCUAGUGGGAACGCUUGGAUAUGUGCCUUGUUCUGAUAUAUAAAUAUAUAUAUAUAUAUAUAUAUAUAUAUAUAUAUAUAUAUAUAUAUAUAUACUUCAGCUCUUAGUGCUUUAGUAUUGAAAUUGGAAAUAUUUUUCCCAUGUAAAAUGUGUUAAUUUUUGGUAUAGAAAAAUGGAUUAAUAUGGCAAAGCAGGCAGCAGUUUUGCUUGAGUAAAAUCUCAUUGAGUAAUAUUCCUUUAAAUAAGAAUGGUAAUGGUACAUAAUUGUUACUGAUUUUAAAGAAAGGAGACUGCUGUAUUUUAAUGUAGUUAAUUUAAAACAUAAUAGCUUGUGUGUAAAGUUCCAAGAUGCUUAUUCACCUUCUGCUUUGGUUAUGCUUUAAUGGACCCCAUAUAUUCCUUGGGAGCUAUCUGGCUCAUUACUUUCUGCAACGAGUUUGGAGAGUACUUGGCUCACUUGCAUCAUCACUUGUAUGUAAAUAACUCUUUCAUGUAUUUAUUUUUUUAAAUAAAUGUACAUGAUACACCCUAUUCACACAAUUGGAGAUUUCCAACCUACCUGUCUCAGAAUGAAGAUUUUAGAAACUAUCUCGAACAAAAUUGGGCAAAUUAUAUUGACGAUAAUUUAACACACUGGGGAUAAUAAAAACUUCUUUGGGCCACUGCUAAACCAGUGUUACGGGGUCACAUUAUAUCAUAUCUGAUUAAGCGGAAAAAGUAAUUUGCUGAAAGAUAUCAAUUAUUACAAAAGAAGCUCACACAGGCAUGCAAACAUUUUAAAUUCACUAACUCACCGACGGACAAAAAGAAAUACACGAUACAUCUGUAGUAUUAGGGUCUUCAAAGGUAAAUGAUUACUCACCACAAUAGGGAAGUGGCCCUCAGCAAGGGAGUGGACAAACCGAAAAACCAAUUAGGAGCAGGCACUCAAAGAAGGCAUACUUCCACCAGGUCAAUCGUUCAAAGUAAAGAAAGUUUGUGUCCACAGCCUUACGCGUUUCGUGUCAUCAACACUUAAUCAUACACGGACACAAAGGCACUUUUCGACACUUUAUUGACAGAGCAAAUGCAACACAAACUGAGUCAUACAGCAAAUAGAUUUUAUCGAUGGGGGAACAAAUCAGGGAAAUUAUUAGCAAAUAUAGUUAAAAGACAACAGUGAAAUACAAUCAUUCAGAAACUGAAAACACCCAUGGGAUGGGCUCGGGACACACAAGACAUAACUAAAAUAAUGGCAGAAUAUUUUAAAAACCUUUACCAAUAGUCGUCUGAUGCUCCAGAGAACGGUCUUAAAUUUCUGCAAGAUGCCCAUUUGAAAUAAAUUGACAGUCCAAGAUAGGCUGCUGGGCUGCUUAGGGAUCGUCAUAAAUUAUCAAAACAGCACAAGUCAAAUAAUAUCUGCCAGACGCUGAUACAGCAAGGCUGAUUAAUAAUCAGAAUAUACAAACUGCACUGGGUCCUGUGUUGUCAUGUAAUCUAAUGUGAAUUUUAUAGUUUUUGUAUUGUUUAAUACAAACUUUCUCCAACUCUGCAGAACCAGUGGCAGCAGCAAAAUAAUAUUCCAAAUAGAAUCCCAGUUUAUCUGUUAAAAUCUGGCUCCAUGAUCUUUGUCCCUGGAGCUGGAGUUGGAAACAUUAAAGGGGAUUUAAAGGCAAAAAUAAAAUCCAAUACAAAUCUACACAGUCGCCGACUGCUUUACACGGAAACAAAGCUGCUUGAGUUCUGAAAGGCUGGAAAGUAAGGCGAGGGCUCCCCCUGCUGUUCACAAGUAUGAUUGUUUCCCUGCUCAGCAGUUAUGGACCGUCUGACAAUUCCUAUCCACAGCAGUAAAUGAAGGGAGAAUUUCACUUCAUACAGUCAGGUUUCUUAUAAAAACAGUACACACUUUUUAAUAUUGGAGAUAGAUUUCUUUUUCAUUAAAGAAAGUAAAAAUGGUAUCUUAUUUUUUUGCCUUUACAUGCCCUUUAAAUCAGAAUUUACUAAGGUUAGCUAUACUAACUUGAAACGUGGUUUGUUCUAGAUAAUUAGCUAUGAAUACAUUGACAACGGAAUUUUCUUUUAUGUACCUCCAAAUUUCCUUUGUUGUUAUUUAUUUCAUGUUGUUUGAAAACUAAAUAAACACAUUUGUUAAAAAAAUAAAAUGGACAUGAUACUAUGCCUCAGCAAGGAGGGGUAGUACUGCUGUUUGACCCUGUGAAUAAGAAUUGUAUAUUCCUUAUAAACACAAGUUGGAGAUAUGUGGCAUAUUUUGUUUUUAUUUUUUUUAAAAAAAUUCUAGAAUAAACUGACAUUUUGUAAGAUGA